CCGCAUGGUAAUUGCAACGCGGGGUGAUAUAAAGCUGCGAGCAAGCCAUGGGCCAAGAGUCGCACGCUGCUCAAAAUGCCGGACUUGCACACCAUUCGCGCUGGCAUCGCAGAACUGCCCCGAGGGCUUCCACUCGUGAUUGCGCUGGUUGGAGCAACCACAGGCAUUGGAUCUUACGUCGCAAAGGCAUGGGCGGUAACCUUCGCGGAGCAUGGGUCGAAGCUCCGUGUGUACAUUGUUGGCCGGAAUGCCGCCCGCGCAGAGGCUCUCCUCAAGUUUGGUCGCGAGACCAGCCCCGGGUCAGACUGGCGUUUCGUACAGGCAAAGGAUCUUUCUGUUAUGCGCGAAGUAGAUGAGAUUUCUAGAGCCAUCAUUCAGCUGGAGGAGACGUCGCCAUUCGCUGGCGGCCCGGCAAGGCUGGACGUCUUGUAUCUGAGCCAAGCUCAAUCUCCACUACAGGAGUCGAGAGUCACCCCAGAAGGUCUAGACACCCAGAUGUCCCUUCUCUACUACUCUCGCGUCCGAUUUAUCCAGAAUCUGACGCCACUUCUGAUCGCCUCUCCGGUUAGCGCGCAUGUAGUCUCUAUCUUCGCAGGGAACACAGAGGACAGCGUCAGGCCAGGCGAACUUCCAAUCGGAACGCCACUGCCAGACACGUACGGCAUUACGACUGUGCGGCGAAACGUAACUUUUAUGAAAACUUUCCUUUUUGAAGAGCUAGCCAAGGUGCAUGCUGGCAAGAUUAGUUUCAUCCACAUCUACCCCGGACUAGUCGAUGGACCUGUCUUCUACAUCGAUGCGAAUCCGUUGUGGUUCCGCGUUGCCUGGCAGGUCAUCAAGCGAUUGAUGAGUUGGUACAUGACGAGCCCGGAGGUUUGUGGGCAAGUGAUGGUGUUCCUUGCCACGAAGAGGUAUCCUGCCAAGGGCGCUGUAUCUGAGGGGGUCGAAGCCGCUCUUAGCUCGCAGCACGAAUUGGGAGGGGGCGCUUAUGCAGUUGGCCAGAGAUGUGAUGAGAGCAAGGUUGUCAGUUGGGCAGCGCUACGAAAGGAAAACACCGGAAAGAAAGUGUGGGAACACACGAUGGAACAGCUUGAGCAGCUUGAAGCGCAUCAGGUAACUGAUCAGCACUGAUGCUGCUAUCAAAUAGAUUUUAAAUUUCGCGAAGAUCAUUGUACACAACGUGAUGCUGCAAGCAGG